AUAAAUGAACAAGAUCUCUUCGAAGCCAUUUCCCUCAGAUUUCCAUCGAACCAAAUCAAAUGCAACUUGCUCGCAUCCACAAGAUUUCGAAAGUCUCUUCCAUUUAUUGUACUACGAGUACUCGCUUGCAAUAGCUUCUUGUAGCGCAGAUCAUCCCAACGUCGUGCUUGAUUUAUCUCUGCGGAUGGGGCCCGUCUUUCCUUAACAGCAACAAUUUCGAAGAUGACGAAAGCGACAAAAAAGUUCACGACGAAGCUCGCAAUCUUGGGAUGUUUUGUUCUUUCUGACGACUUCAAACAAUUUUGUGACAAACAAUCAGAAAAACGUCGAACGAGAAAACAUCCAAGGCGACUCGAUUCCGAAUUCAUCUCCGAUUGACACCUUGCAAGAAGGACUCACCUACAAGCUUUACGACAAUGCCGCACUUGCUGGCAAUCCACCCCGCUACGAAGGGAUCACGUCGUUGGCGAGAAUAUCGCUCCAAGAGCCACCUUUACCAAUACCCGAGACCAAACACUCUGGCCGAUUCGAACCGAAUACAGUAUUGCUAUCGGGAGAAUUGAUCGGGAGUGUGAUGGUCGUGAACGGUACGAAGCAAACAAGCGGGGAGAACGACUGGCAAGACAAUGACAAGAAGGACGAAUGGUGGGUCAUCUUUCGUUGUGUCUUUCGAAGCACGUCUACGGGAUGGGUUAAGAUCGAUGGCCACUUGGUCUGCCACGAUGGGCAUGCCUUCACGCAAGAACUGGCAAACGAUCCGAUCCGACUCAGAGAGGGCAAACGGUAUCCCUUUCGAGCCCAAAUCACGAGCAACGACACAACCAGCACCGCUCGUUCCGAGGCUCCAAGCCUCGAGGUACAAUGGGGGAAAGCCGAUAGCAAGAGAUCCUUUCUCGAAAGCCCUGGAUUUCGAUCGCUCUCGACGACGACAAGAACGACAACAGAUCUCAAGCACGACCAAUUCUAUAGUGGAAAGAACCAAACCAACACUGAACAGCAGCAGCAGCAGACAUCCAAUCAGAACCACGGUGUUUGGUGGCACUUGAAUCCCUCGCUGUCAGCCCCCGAACAACGCCGUGACGAUCUCCAGCGGUCACUGCAGACGGGUUGGGGAUAUUGGUUGCGAAGGGAUGUCAUGAGCCUGGUCAAGCUGCCMGAGGGCAUCCUCUUGGAUUGGAAGAUUUGUUGGCAGCAACACUAUGGAGAGGACAAAGACACGGACGACGAUACUGUCUCACGCCGACAGCCACAUCGUCGUCACUGCCUAAAGUCUGCCGUUCCAGAUUCCACAGGAAUACUUCGAAUGGAUCGACAUGCCUACGACCGAUCUUAUGCAUCUUACAACAUCACUUUUUCCCCCGAGGUUGUUAAGGACGAAAAUGACGGCACCAGCAGGAGCAGAAUUACCCUGAAAGUCGAGUCGUCGGCAUCGGGGAAAAACCAAGAGGAAUUGAGGGUUUUAAUGACCGUUGUCGACUAUAAGAUACCUGUUCACAACAACAACGGUGAAGGUGAAGAAUUUGUUGUCGAAUUGACACCCGGUUACGCGUGGUUUCGGCCCGGCACCGUUGCCGCAGAACUAAACGACCAGGGUUCGCAAUCUGGAUUUUCCUUUUCUUCACCAGGCCUCGGAGUCGUGAAAGCUCGACUGCUGUGGGAGUUCGAUGACAAACCCGUCACUAGCGAUCCCUUCACAUCGCUACGGCAAAGACAGACAGCGAAAACUACUCACACGAAGUCGGACUCUUCCGAUGUUUCUUUGCGUGAUUCGUCUUCUCCUGAGGAGGCUGCGUCCCUUGUCGACGGGUUGAAGAUAACCAUCACCGGGAAUGGGCAAAAGAUUGCAAUCGUCGCGGGCUUGGAUGUCAAUAAAGAGCGUCCGGACGAAGAGAAGCGUCUCCAUUCGAACGCACCGUCUUCGAAGUCGCAGACCAUCCGAGAGGUUGAAAACUUUCUGAGCACCAUGGAAUGCAAGGAACGAGAUCGGAUCCAACAAAGAUACAACCAUAGUCGGGAAGUCACAGAAGUUGCAACUGUUAUCCAAGCUGCGGUGAUGUGGUCUUUGAUCUACAACCCUAUUGAGAAUGGUCCAUUCUUACCGGUAUCGAGGAGUGACAACUGGGCAUCCUUUGGCGACAGAGCGGGAGCAAUGACACCCGAUUGGACCUACGUCAUUUUUGGUAAGUUAGGGAACAAAGAUCUUUGGAGUUGGUAGUUUGAUGCCAUUGAAACACUAUGGAUAUUGCCCCUUGGAGUAUUCAACCCGGUUUGGAUUCCCACUUGAUGUUUUUGCAAUUCAAUUCCGACAGAGUGGGACAAUCUUUUUGCAUCGUUGCUUGCGGGUCUAGAACACAAGGAGAUUGCAUAUUCCAAUCUGUUUCAGGUAGUCAAAUCGAAAACUCCGAAUGGGUUUGUCCCGAACUGGAGUACAGCUGGAGGAAUUCUACAGUCCAACGAUCGCACCGAACCCCCGGUCGGAGCCAAGAUUCUGCUAGAACUUUUUCGUAAAUACAACGAAACGUGGAUUGUGGAAGCGCUAUGGGACGACUUGUUGGACUGGAACGAUUGGUUUAUGAUGCAUCGGAGGCUAGAUCCAUUUGGACUCAUCGCAUUGGGAAGUUACUAUAAGGCAUCGCUCCAUCCUAAUGAUUUUGUGACGUACCGUGACGGGGAACGGAAUGACAAGCAAGCUGCACGAUACGAGUCAGGCCUGGAUAAUUCUCCAAUGUAAGCAGCCAUGCUAUUUUUUUGUGUCAUUGCGUUUUUCUUUUACUUUGAUCUUACCGUUCGUAUUACCUUGCUCUAUAAAUCAGGUAUGACAGUGACACAUACGAUAACGCAACACAUAUGAUGCAGAUGUACGACGUGGGAAUGUCCGCACUGGUGGCAAACGAAGCCUAUUGUCUUGCAGAACUUGCUGAUAUCAUUGGGAAAACUCAAGAAGUCGGCAACCGAUUGCGUAAGAGGGGAGAUGAGAUACAGGAUGCUAUUCUGCGACAUCUGUGGGAUCCCGAACGGAAGAUUUUUGCGAAUAGAUAUCAACUUCCUAACAAUUCGUCAUUUGUCCAUCCCAUAACUCCCACCAGUUUUUAUCCCUUUCUUCUCCCAAAAACCAAACAUAAUACUGGAAGCGCGGUGCAGAUAGAUGUGGAAGAAGUGAUCAACAAUUGGCUUCUCAAUCCCAAAAGGUUUUGCAUUUCGCGUAACGGAGAUUUUGCGGAAAACGAUCCGGAUGUUUGCUAUUGGGGACUGCCAAGUGUCAGUGCUGACGAUCCGACCUAUAUGGUGUCUGGUCAUUGGAAUUAUUGGCGAGGUCUCUCGUGGGGUCCCAUGUCACAACUUGUUUACUGGAGCUUGAAAGGACAAUCGUCUGCAUCAGAGGAAACGGAGUCUAUCUCGUCGAACAAUGUUAUCGCCAGAGCUCGAAGAUCACUCUGCGAUCAAAUGAGGGCUCUUCUGACGAACCAAUGGAGGGCCAAUCGACACAUAUGCGAAAACUACAGCCCCUAUAAAGGAGCCAGCGAUUGUACUGGAUCAUUCUAUUACCACUGGGGUGCCCUGAAUGGUUUGAUCGGCGUCGUAGAAGCUGGAUUUUACUGAAUAUGUGCUCAGGUGUUCUUCUCUCUGCUAUUCGAAGAAAGCUCUAAUUCUUUCCGAAACAGAGAUAUACCUUUUGGAAAAACAAAAGAUAGCCACUACACUUCAUCAGGAUCAGCACGAGCUCGAACUGAAAAGACACUACUACAUGCAAAGAAACUGGUCACCAGAAUAUGGACAACCCGACAUAAUCGAAAAUAUCGUUUGCCCUCUUCAAACCUAUUUACUUCUAUUGUUGGAAGCUAAAUAUAGGCACUAUGGCAAUAACUAUGGCAACUAUAGUAUAAAACUAAGUCCGAAGGGGAAUGUCCUUUCCUAUUCCCAGUUUACAAGCUUUGUCGAUUCUGGUCGUGUAGAGAAUCACGAAAUGGAAAAUUGACAGCUGAUUGAUCAUUUCAACUGUUGGUUGUCAGUCCGACUAAUCUGAUCGUGUGUACAUGUGCUCCGUUUUUUGGGGAACAAACGAGACCCAUACUCAAAGAGUGUCUUUAAUUAUUUUUGUGCAACGUCAUUGGGAAUACUGAGACGGAAAAUCGGAAGCAGUUUUGCUUGAAUUGCCAGAGGUUGCCACUGUCCGCAAUAUACCUUUCGUGACAGGAACUAUUUAUUUCCAUCUCAUUGCUGCGUUUACAUUCCAAGCUGAAACUGUUGUAUGAGGCGAGAAAUUUCGGCGUAAUGAGGUCCAGCGAGUCCAAUGUUGUCGACAAUUGGUCGGUUAAGUUGUGCAUCUACUCAGAUGUGCUUUUAGAGUAAUAUUGAAUAAUGUCUGAAUCAUCACCACUUGGGAAACAGGAGCCAGCGAUUGUUCCACUCAGAUAUCAUUCGCAAGGGGUUAGAACGACAAAUUCAAAAAUCGAACGGAAGGAUGGUCCCACCCCCCUAAAUAUAUGUAGUAAAUGCCC